AUGCUGCGGCGAGCGGCGGCAGCGGGCCGGGGCCUGCGGGGGCCGCUGGGGGCGGCGGGGCGGCGGCAGCAGCAGCGGCAGCGAAGCGGGGAGGGCAGCCCCGACGGCGGCUCCCGCAGCGACCGGGCCCCGAAGAUCUACACGAGGACGGGAGAUGCAGGCUUCUCCAGCACCUUCACCGGGGAGCGGAGGCCGAAGGCCGACCGGAUCUUCGAAGCCCUGGGAGCCACCGACGAACUGAGCUCGGCCAUCGGGCUUGCUGGUGAAUUUAUGAGUGAAAAGGGCCACACAUUUGUUGAACAACUUCACAAAGUCCAGUGUAUGCUGCAGGAUGUGGGCUCCAACAUCGCGACGCCUCUCUCCUCAGCCAGGGAGGCUCACUUAAGACGAACAUCUUUUAGUGAGAAGCCAGUUCUGGAACUGGAGCAAUGGAUUGACAGUUACUCAGAGCAGCUUCCUCCACUCAGAGCUUUCAUCUUGCCAUCGGGAGGUAAAAGCAGUGCUGCUCUCCAUUUUUCCCGAGCUGUCUGCCGCAGAGCUGAAAGGUGCGUGGUUCCUUUAGUACAAGCAGGGGAAGCAGAUCCAAACGUGGCCAAGUAUUUAAACAGACUGAGCGACUACCUCUUCGUUUUGGCACGUUACGCUGCAAUGAAGGAAGGGAAGGAAGAGAAAAUAUAUGUAAAGCCUGGACCGUAACUGGGAGGUUUGUUUUCCUUGAUCAUUGGAAGAUAAAUCCAGCAGACUGCUUUCCUCCAUCGAGGAAGGGAAAGAGAACAAGUCUGGAUUGGAAAUGUGAGCUGCCAAGAACUUCCAGCUUAAAUAACUAGGACCUUGUUCAUAAAUACUGUGAGGAACACAGCUGUUCUGUUCACUGGGCCUUAUCCACAUACCCCUUGUAUAAAACCGUGGUGAUGGCAUCAGAGUUACUGUUUGCCUGGGGUUGGAGUUGAGGCAGGAGACUUCAAAGAACUACAGCUGAUUUCUAGAUGUCUCCAUUUCCCUGGGCAGUGGCAGGUGCUGUGGAAAGGCUUUGACAGGACUCUGAGGAAUGAAGAAAAGAAAACAAUCAGCUUCUCUUUGUAAGUCAUAAUGCUCGUACAGAACAGGAACUGUGUAGAGAUUCAGGAACUCUGUCCACAAGCUUUGAAAUAAUAAAUGUGAUUUACUUGUA